CUAGACAGCUCGCCCCUGCUUGACAUUCUGGCAGGGAGUCGGUGAAGGCGGGUCAGUCUAUUUUAGCUCAGUUAACAGCCACUUAAAUGUUUUAAUCAGUUAUUUCUGCGUGUCGAAAUAAGCAGUCACGAAAGGUAACUUGUUCUCAUCGUUCAAUUCAUAUUUGGAGAACAUUAGCCGGCUAAUUUAGCAAGGUUAACUCUGUUAAAUAACACUAGUGUUCUUCGGACGGCUGUGUGGUAUUUUAGGUUUAGCUAGAUACCUCAACAGAGGAUGCUGGAGUCAAUAAAAGUAACAGAAAGACUUCACUGGCCAGAAGCAGAAAUGUCCAAAAAGUACAUCUUAAACUCUGCUGACAAGGUUGUGAGUCCAAGCCAAGUAUAUCUGGAGAAGAUUUCUUCCAGUGUUCUCAAAGACCUCUUCAGCACUGGCUCCAGCAGCUGCAACAUACUGCUGCAGGGGGAAGAGGAAGAUUGGGAAAGCCCAAAGCAGUCUCUCGGGCCAAAAACAUCAGAGAAAUGUGGUGCCACACUUGGUAAAAGAAACCUUCCAAGUAUGGCUUUUAAAAAGGUGCGUGCACAAGAAGGUAGUGGGAAGCCUGCACAGACAAACUGUGUCUUCUCAGACACAAACUCCAGUUUCCCUAAACCAGCACGAAGCAUCGCAGUGGUGGGCAGCACAAUGGGCCUAAUCCCUCGUACAGUUCCACAGCUCAGGAAGAUGUGCUUUGCCAAUACGCCUCACACUAAACUUCCCUCAUUGCACAAAGCAGCACUCAAACGUGAAGUGGAAAAUGCCAAGAAGCUCUGCAUCCUUACAGCCAUCAAGCCCACUAAUGUGGAGAAAGAGAAGGCUAAAUUUUUCAAGUCUCACUUCAGCUACAAUCCACAGUUUGAGUACAGCAACCCUGUCUCUCCGCUUGUCCUGGCACGGCAUAAUAACGCCUCAGAUCGCUUCCUAACACAGGCAGUGCACAUCAUGGAGCUCGCCCUGCUGCGAUAUGGCAGCUAUGAGAAGUUUGAGCAGGUCACUGGGGGGAACCUCCUCACCAAGAGUCGCAUCUGGCACAAUGUCAAGAAAUACAUGGAGAAGGAAGGAUGCAUCGGGGAGAUAGUAGUCCAGGUGACAGAUGACCUCCUGUCCAGAGCCUCCAUGACAGUGGUGAACAGUAGACCCACACUUACCAUCAACAUCUCCACUGCACGAGAGCACUGGCUGGAGGGCAUGCUGAGGCAUGAGAUCGGCACACAUUAUUUCCGAGGCAUCAACAACUGCCACCAGCCGUGGAGCAGCAGCAUGGGCAGGAAGAAGCACAACCUGAAGCCCUUGAACCCCACAGAGGAGGGCCUGGCCAGCAUCCACAGUGUCCUGUUCAGGAAAGACCCCACUCUGUGGCGCGCUGCCCUCCUCUACUACACUGUCUACCAGGCCAGCCACAUGUCCUUCUCUCAGCUCUUCCACAACCUGGGACGCUUUGUCCAGGACCCCAACACCCGCUGGGACUACUGUGUCAGAGCCAAGAGAGGCCAGACCGACACAGCACAGCCAGGGUGUUUCAGUAAAGACCAGGUCUACCUGGAUGGCAUCCUGAAGAUCCUAAGAUACAGGGACAAGAUCAACUUCCCACUGCUGAUGGCUCUGGGAAAGGUGUCUUUUGAAGAUGUGGACCGCCUGGAACCAGUGGCUCAGAUGGAGAACAUCCGCAUCCCACACUUCAUGCAGGACCAGGGGAGGUAUGCCGAGGAGCUGAUGAAGAUCAUGGUGGUCAACCAGCUGAAUGACGAGGAGCUCAAGACCAUCAUCUGACCCUGCUGCACCCCCUGCACAAUCUUGAUCAGACCUGAAUAAACGCUCACACUGCUGCCAGCCAUGGUCUGCAUGCCUCAACACCGUCAGCAUGUGUUUGUGUGACUUGUGCAGUGUCCUGUAUUGCAUGUAGUGAAGACUUCUUAGAUUUGUUAGAUUUCUCCUCUGAUACAGUGAAUCACCCCAAGAAUCACUCCAUGUGUUGUGUUUAGAGCUGGAUGAAGUUUAUACCAGUGCCACUACAAUACCUAAGUUACUUUAUCAAUACAGAAGGGACACUUUUUACUCCACCUUACCUUUACUUUUCUAUAACUUUUAACAAGCAUUUGGUGCCAACUUUGUUUACUUGACAGUUUCUAAUACUCAGUUUGGUUUAGGAACAUUUUUUUCUAAUAGUGUCUCAAUAGCUUCACAAGCAUGGUUUUCACAAUAGAGUUAAUAUCCCUUGAAGACCUAAAUUAGGGCCUGACUGAGAUUUUUAGGGAUUUUAGGGCUACGUCCACACUACUACGUUUUAGGUUUAAAACUCUUUUUCUAUGUUUACUCCUGCUGUCCACACAACUCUAACUCUGCUGGAUCUAUUUUAGUUUGAAAAGUCUGUGCUUGCGUUGUAGGCUGGAUGGACAAAAACUGGAAAAUGGACAGAGUCCUUUGUAAACGGCAUAGACAACCACAGUCGCUCCCUGAUUUGGUCUCAUCAGCCUCGACUGCUAGCGUUACUGACCUUGUCGUCUUUGCCAGCAGCUGUUUGCUGUUCCUCAGUCGUGGUGUUUUCUGCAACUAACCAGCUGUAGAGUAGACAAUCUGCUUCCUGUUCAUGCCCGCACAUGCAUGCCCGGUGUAUGUGAAUGGUCAUGUGAUAUGCGUUUUCAGGUGUGUUAGUCUGGACAGAAAUGGAUUAAGUUGUAAAAUGUUGUGUGGACAGGUUUGUAAGACAUUGUCAGAAGUCAAAAGUGUUUAUAGUUACAGCCACACUGGAGGGCAGAGUGAAGAGAGAAGUUGUACACGGUGGCUCACAUGAAAACUGCCACACAUUUGAGUAACAAAUGAAAGAAGAGAGAAAUUGAAGUCCCUGGCUCCUUUCUGAAGCAAUUCAGAAACAGUAUGAAGCCCACAUUAGGCUUAUGUUGAUAUUUGAUGACUGCAUGGAAACCAAUAUUUGUCUUUUAACAUAAACACAUCACGUGAACAAAUGUUAGGAUCCCACAAUUGUGACUUGGAAGUGCUUUGUGGUGGACAAAUGUAAUGUUAAGACUGUUAGACUAAUUUACUUCAAACACAUCUUCGGGAUUUCUGGGCUUUGGAUAGGUCUCUCUUUAUUUUUCAAAAUUCAAACCACUCCUCAAAUUGGUAAAAAAGCACAACAAGCCAUGUCUUAUUUAAAAUUGGGCUGCAUUUGAAUCAGUUCAACCAAAAUACAUGCUGUUUGGAAGUCACAACCCAAAUACCAAUAUAUCUGUGAUGAUAUCACAUUCAAACGAGGGUGUUUCAGUUGGGAUUUUUGUUGACUCUUGUGCAUGAGUAUAGUUUCAUUUAGACAUAUGGAACAUCCAUUAGUUUUAGCAAACCUUAUCAACCUAACGCUGAAAUACAGACUCUUUUGUCUGUCAUGCACCUAUGAUCUAAGUGUACUUACCUACAGUGUUGUUUGUAUCUGUCUCUAUAGUGAAGACUUUGUUUCCUUCAGGUCCACCGUGGGUUACCAUUGUUUCACUGCAUGUACUAGGCAUUAAAACAAGAGAGUGGUUGUGUUCGAGGAAGAUAAAGAAAGCAGGAUGGGGCAAAGUCUGUGAUGAACGGAUGUGUAUGAGAUUCAUCAGCAUUGUCACACACAGGACUUAAACUGAACCUGAAUGUCCCCACACGAUGAAGGUCACACGUGAUGCAGUUUAUGACAUUUGGAAGGUGUGUUCGUAAUCAUCCUGAAUGAAGCCCCAGUGGUCUACAUGCACUGACUUGAAACCCUGUUCAACUAUUUGCACUUUCUUAUCUCCAGUGUACCUUUUAGCUGCACUGAUAUAUGAUGGUAAUGUGUUGGUGUCAUUAAUACACCCUCAUAUAUCAAUGUGUUCCAAACCAAACUUAAUGCCUUGUGGUUUUACUGUUAUACUUGAUGAAUUUUUGUGUUGUUAAGACCAAGAAUGACCUGAUGUAGAGAGCACAUGUGCUACUCUGCCUCCUCAAAGCUCCGUUAAUGGUACAGUUUAAUAGCAUGGUAUUUCUAUGUGAUGUUUUCUAUUAGAUGGAUUUUUUUGUGAUAUUAAUAGAUUCAGUCUUCAAAUUAAAAUGGACUCCCUGCACAAGAGAAGCUGCAUGCUUUGUUGUAUGUGUACAUCUGAGAAUUAUCAGUACUACACUGUUGGCUUAUUGGAAGUGGAAGUAUUAUUUAUUAUUAUCAUUAGAAGAAACUUUAGAUUUAUGGAUUUUUAUUUUCUUUUGCAACUUUUAUUUACCAAUACAAAAAAAACACUUUCCAAACUUUGCUUCCACAAAACCUCUUUUACUCAUUUGGAGAAAAAAGUCCAGAUCCAGAUCCCAAGUCUAGACCUCUUCACCAACACUUAACCUUACUUUUACUGGAGUCACAAAUAUUCUGCUCUCUAACA